CCUACAGCAGCAGCAUACUGUAGGUCUACAUAACAGUGGGCAUAUGACUGUCUGCGCAUCGAAGGGAAUACAGAAUAAAACAUAUAUUCUUGCAAAAUGUCUCGAGCGGCAGACAGACUGAAAGUGGUCGUGAAUCAUCUGGAUCGACCAUCUUCUUUUGUUCAAGCAUCUACCUCUGGCCAAAACGUUACCUACUAUCAACCACAAGCACUGAGGUAUUCCUUUGACAAUGAUCUGCUGAGCACUGAGCAGAGAAUCUCCUAUGAGGAGGAUGGGUUCCUCCUUAUCAAGGGCCUGGUGUCUGGGGAGGACAUUGACAGAUUCAGGGCGGCGUUUGAGCGGAUAUGCCGUCGGGAGGUGCAGGUCCCGGGGCUGGUGGUGAUGAGGGACGUGUCCAUCGCCAAGUCAGAGUUCGUCCCUGACCAGAAGGCCAUCUCCAAGCUGCAGGACUUCCAGGAAGAGCCUGAGUUAUUCCGCUACUGUAGCCUGCCUCAGAUCCUGAAUUAUGUGGAGUGUUUCACUGGUCCCAACAUCAUGGCCAUGCACACCAUGCUGAUCAACAAGCCCCCAGACACAGGUAAUAAGACAUCUCGCCACCCCAUGCACCAGGACCUGCAUUAUUUUCCAUUCCGUCCGGCGGACCGUAUUGUGUGUUCCUGGACCGCCAUGGAGAAGGUUCACCGCCAGAACGGCUGUCUGGUGGUCCUUCCUGGUUCUCACCACGGCACCCUCAAAGAACACGACUACCCAGAGUGGGAGGGCGGGGUCAAUAAGAUGUACCACGGUAUCCGUGACCACGACCCCAAUCAUCCCAGGGUGCACCUGGAGAUGGAGAAAGGAGACACAGUGUUCUUCCACCCUCUAUUGAUCCAUGGAUCUGGAAUGAACCAGACGCAGGGCUUCCGCAAGGCCAUCUCCUGCCACUAUGCCAGUGCUGACUCCUAUUACAUUGACGUGAGGGGAACCACCCAGGAGAACAUAGGCCAGGAGGUGAAAGAGAUCGCAGCCAGGAAAUAUGCUGUUAAUGACGUCACAUUUGAGGAUACCUGGGCUGUAAGGGGCCGUCUGGUGCAAGGGGAUAGGACCAAUCUGUGAGAGAGCCCGCCCACCACAGUGUGACGGUCACUCACCACUAACAACCUGCCAAUCAAAGGAGAUUGAAAAAGUUGUCUAAUCCACCAGCCAAUAAGAUGAGACUCAUUGACGGGAGUAAUUUAUUCGUUGGGCAAGAGUGAGUGUCCAAGAGUCCAUUCAGGGCUGUUUGCCGGGUGUGUUUAACAUAUUUGAUUUGAUUUUGAUCUCUUUUAGUCCCCAUUUGGACUAAUCUUCCAAGUCCUUAAACAUUAAAAUACAAUUUAUAAUACGAACACAUUUUCACAUAUUACACACUAUUACAAA